AUGACAACUGAUGAAACAAGUGACUUUCUCAGUAUGACUGAUCUACUCAACAAUAUUCAUGAUACUCAACAUGUUUCGAAGUAUUUCGAGCUUCAAGAGCCUAUUGUUAAAUCUUUAGAUCAACCAAAAUCGAGUCGAGUUCCAUCCGAAAUUCAUCAUCAAACAAAAGCUAUAACCAUGACUACUACAAAAGAACAACAACCUGAAAAGCAGAAAAGUAAGUGAUCGAAACCAUAAACCGAAACGAGUUAGAAAAAUUGAAACUCAACUCGAUUAGGUUUGAGUUGGAUCGAGUCAAGUCGAUUUACUAAAUCCUUGACUCGAUUUCAGUCUAUGAUUAGAACUAUUAUUCGGAUAAGUUCCAUUUUUGACAUAGUACUCAAUCGUUUUGUUGUACACUACAAGUUUCUUCCAAAUACAGCAAAUAUGAAUUUUCACUUGUUGAGCCUUCUUCUAAUCGUAUUUGAUCUCUUACUUGAUACUUUUGUGCAUAAAAAGCUUGUGUCUACGUUUUA